AUGUCCACUAAGGUCGGUGUAAUCAUUGGAAGCACGCGAAAACCGCGAGUAUGUCCGCAAAUAGCUAAAUUUGUUAUCGAAACUAUCAAAUCAGGCUCGUUGUUUUCAGCAAAUAGCCUUGAACUGGUUUUGAUUGAUUUGGCCGAUUGGAAUCUCCCAUUUUUUGAUGAAUCGAACGUCCCUUCUCAGAUAAUGGACUACAAGAAGUAUGAUCAUGAACACACUCGUCGGUGGAGCCAGGAGAUCCAAAAGUAUCAUUCAUUCAUUUUUGUUGUUCCUCAAUACAACUGGGGAUAUCCUGCUGUCUUGAAGAACGCAAUUGACUAUCUUUAUCAUGAAUGGGAAGGGAAACCGGCGAUGAUCGUAACAUAUGGUGGCCACGGCGGUAUUAAAUGUAACAGCCAACUUACCGAGGUUUUGCAAGGUGUACGAAUGAAACCGACUCAAAAGAAAGUGCUACUGACCUUCGAGGAACGCACGAUGCUAUUAGAUGCAGUUAAUGGUAGAGACUUGGGACUUGAUGGCACAUCAAAGGUGGGCGCCUGGUGCAAUCAUCGCCUUGCCAUCCUGGAAGCAUUUGAAGAGUUUCAUAGUUUGCUAUCCACAGCCCAAUAG